UUUCGAAAACGUGGGCUGUUUAAUGCCUGGGGAGCCUUAUUAGGAAAUGUUUGCAGGAGUUGGGAGCAGGCGGGACAUCGGUUUUUGUGCGUGUGCAUGUGGCUGAAAGCGGGGUGGGGGGCGGAGGAGGUAAUCAGAGGCGGCAGCAGCCAGCAGCCCUUCUGCACGGACUGCUCGCAGUUUUGACAACAAGCGUUGGUGACCUGCAGCCAGUGGGAGGGGGAGACGAGGCGGGGAUGCGAUAGGAAAGGCUGGAGGUGCAGAGCGGAGAGCAGACCGGCGCGGCGUGAGAGAGACACAGAAGAUCACAUCGCUAACAACUUGUGAUCCAUAACACAGGCAGCGUCGCCUCAGACCUGAAAGAAACCCGAGGGGCGUGCGCACCUUUUGAAAGCGUGGAGCAGCUCAUUCGCGCGCUGUUGUGAAUGGCAGACUCCGUUGUCGUUGUCACAGGUGGAAUCCCCUCAAAACAUAAAAAGACCGAAGAAGCGUCCUUCGCAUUAUUUGGGUGGAUGACUAUUGCUAAUGCAAGAAAGGAGUCAUUACCAAAAAAAUAAUGAGUGCAUCUUUUCUAACUAUAGCUGAGCCAAGAUUUCUCAUAUUUUUUUCUGAUAAAGUUUCCUGGAUUUUUCUUUUUCUCACUACCUUAGAAAAAGGACACUUUGAUGAAUUUUCUCUGAAUUUUCUCCACUCCAUUUUUGUUUAUUUGUUUGUUAUUUAUGAGUGGUAACCACCAUUUUCUAAAUAAAAAAAGCUAGAGAACAACAGUGCUAAGGCAAUUUGGACACUGCAAAAUGGUGGCUAGGCUACUAAUACAAGUUGCCGCUUCUGCCACUUGCAGCAGCAGAAACAAAAAGAUAAAUCACCCUUAGGUUAAGUAAGAAGGAGCUAUACUAUUGCCUUUGCGGGGGGGGGGUGAGCCCCACCCCAAGGAAAAUGUAGGAUAACACAUCCACCCCCACUAUUUUGGCAAAAUGCUCCUCUCUUACUAAAAAUGAUCAGAUCUGGCAAAGCAUCAACCAGUUCAUAGAACUGUAAAAUUGGAAGGGAUCGCGGGGGUCACUUAGUCCAACCCCCUCCAAUGUAGAAUCACAACUAGAUCAUGCAUGGCAGAUGGCCAUCCAACUUCUGCUUAAAAGCUUCCAAUAAAUUAGAUUCCACCCACCACCUCUCAUGGGAGUCAGUGGAACACCAUUAUCAUAGAACUGAUAUGCACAAUAUAGUUCCCUGUCCCUCCAUCCCCCAUCCCCAUCAUACCUACAAUUCCUAUUAUAAAAAGUGGGCGGAAAACCAGGGAAAUAAAAGGUGAUUAAGCUGGUUCCAACACUUCUGCUUUUGCCUUCCGGGAGUUAAACAUAGUUGGAGUAAAUCUAUUAUCCACCUUUAGACUGGUUCUAAAUCCUUGUUUUAAAAAAAAGGAACACCGAUACUGGGAGACCAUCUGCUACUUCCCUUUCUAAUUGAACUCAGUGUUUGGUAUCUUCUUCUAAAAUAAAAGGAACAAUAUGCCUUAUUUGAUGGGCAAGAUAAUAAAGUUCUACAUUAGGAAGUCCCUCCACCCCCUCUCUCAAGGGGAGAUAUAGCUGCUUUCCUCUUCUCCUAGGACGUUUACUCAUAAAAAUAAUAUAAUUUAAUUGCCUGCAAGGAUUGCAGUUGCUUGGACUUAAUCCAAAUCAUAAGAGAAUAAUAGAGGGGAAAAGUAAGCUUAGGGAAAAAUCUUGUUUUCACUGUAGGCUGGUUUCUACAUACUCUCACAUAUUCCUCUCUGUUGUCCAUCCAGGCAGGCAAGAAGUCCAAGGACACAUUGGCACUCAAGGAGAGUGCAAAGCAGGGCCCCUGAGGGGUGUAGCUGGGGAGAGGCCCAAGGGCCAGAGAGAGAGGCUUGGAGGGCCACAUUUGGUCCCUGGCCCUGAGGUUCCACAUUCCUGUCCCAAGGGCUCAGUCAAUACAAGGUUCUUCACCACCCCAGUGUUUUCCUCUCCAUAUCAGUCGUCUGGCAUAGGUUAGGUUGAGAUACAUGACUGGUCAGUUUCAUAGAUGAAUGGGUUUGUAAACAUGAGUCUCCCUCGUCCAAGUCCAGCACUGACCACUACACCAUGAUGAUUACCAGACACUGAGAGAUUACCUUGCCUACAGCUCCUCCACGCCUCAUCAUUUAUCAUUUGUAUUGGGCAUUUGGCUGAUCACUAUAGGUGAAAGGAAAGGAAAGAAUCCCCACCUCCUUAUUUGCAUUACUGCAAAGUUUGCUUGAGCAUGUUGUAAAAGCAGUUAGAUGUGUAAACACUACAAACAGGAGAUAAGCCUCUAGAAAUAUUCCACUCAUGCUGUAACUUUUGUUUGUGUACAUAAGGCCAGGCGUUGAAUAUUUGUCCUUCGCUCUUUUAACUCAUGACAUCAUUCACAUGUGAGCCAAGGGCAACUUUGGAAGAGAAGCUCUAGACCCAGCCAUAUUUGUUCCAUAUGGUUUUGUGGGUAAAGAGCCAGUGUGGUGUAGUGGUUAAGAGCGGUAGAUACGUAAUCUGGGGAACCGGGUUCGUGUCUCUGCUCCUCCACAUGCAGCUGCUGGGUGACCUUGGGCUAGUCACACUUCUCUGAAGUCUCUCAGCCCCACUCACCUCACAGAGUGUUUGUUGUGGGGGAGGAAGGGAAAGGAGAAUGUUAGCCACUUUGAGACUCCUUCGGGUAGUGAUAAAGCGGGAUAUCAAAUCCAAACUCUUCUUCUUCUUCUAAAGGGGUUUUGAUGGAAGAACAUGCUACUUUUAUCACCAGGUACCAUACGGUACUGAAAAUGAACUGAAUCUGAAUUGUCAUGUCCCUCACACACGUUAAACCAAGCUUCCUGCUAAAAGUAUCAGUGCUGUAUUUCUUCCCUCCACCCACUUUUGUCAGGGAAUUGGAACGCGGGGGCAGAUGAGGCAAUAAACUGAAACCAGUAUAUUUUCUCCAGAAAUGAUCCAAAUAAUUUGAUUGCUGGGAUUUUAUCUGGUGAGGUGAUCCCCCCUUCCUGCAUUCAGAUUCCACACCCAGCCACAAGGAAACCUUUGGCAGCUGCCCAAGUGCCCCCCAAGGUUAGGGGGAAGUAUGCUGUGCAAUUGAUAAGCAGAUGGUAAGUCGCUUCCACAGGAGACAGUGAUGUUCACCGCUUCAAUGGCUUUAAAAGAGGAUCAUAUUCAUGGAGUGUAAGGCUACCACAAUGGCUGUGCUCUGCCUCCACUGUCAAAGGCAGAAAUGCUUCGGAAUUGCUGGAAACUGCUCAGGUCCUGCUUGCAGAUUUCCCCACAGGCAUCAGGUCGGCCACUCUGAGAACGGGAUGCUGUACUAGAUGGGUCAUAGGCCUGAUCCAGCGGGCUCUUCUUAUGUUCUUGUGUUAAGAAUUUCAUACCCACCUAUGCAGGUUCUGAGGCUGAAGAGCAGAACGGAAGAGCAACUCUGAACCUGAAAGAUGAAGAGGAAUUGGGUUGGAAUAGUAGAAGGCUUUUGUCCAUGGAGUUUUCUUGGCUGGGAUUCUAGAGUGGCUUGCCGGUUCCUGGUCCAGGUAGAUCACGUUUAGUCAGAACUCUCCACUAUGACCUGUCCGUCUUGGGUGGCCCUGCACGGCAUAGCUCAUAGCUUCUGUUAGUUAUUCAAGCCCCUUCACCAUGACAAGGCGGUGAUCCUCAACAAAGGUCUGUAUAGUUAAAGCUACUGUUUUCCCAGUACUGAUGUAUGGAAGUGAGAGCUGGACCAUAAAGAAGGCUGAUCGCCGAAGAAUUGAUGCUUUUGAAUUAUGGUGCUGGAGGAGACUCUUGGGAGUCCCAUGGACUGCAAGAAGACCAAACCUAUGCAUUCUUAAGGAAAUCAGCCCUGAGUGCUCACUGGAAGGACAGAUCGUGAAGCUGAGGCUCCAAUACUCUGGCCACCUCAUGAGAAGAGAAGACUGCUUGGAAAAGAUCCUGAUGUUGGGAAAGCUUGAGGGCACAAGGAGAAGGGGACAACAGAGGAUGAGAUGGUUGGACAGUGUUCUCAAAGCUCCUAACAGGAGUUUGACCAAACUGCGGGAGGCAGUGGAAGACAGGAGUGCCUGGCAUGCUCUGGUCCAUGGGGGUUAUGAAGAGUCGGACACGACUAAAUGAUUAAACAACAACAACAACAGUAGAAGGCUUAGACAGCCUAGGCUGGCUCAUUGUUUGAGCCAACAAACUACCUAGUCACAUACCUGGGAUAGAGGUGGAAGAGUAUAUAGUUGGAACUACCCUAGUUAGUCAGUUAAUUACGUUUGGAGUUGUUUUUUAAAAAAUGUUUUUAUUGUAAUGAUUCAGCUCCCCUCACCCUCCAAUUUCAGGGUUGUUGUGUUUGCAGAAGCAAACACACACAAAAAAGUGUUUAAUGGAAUCUUGCUUAAAAACUAACCACAUGCAUUUGAGAAAGUAGUUUCCACACAAAAACUUUAUGCUAUAAUAAAUCUGUUAGUCCUGAAACUGCCACAGGACUCUGUUGUUUACUCAUUGUGGAAGUACAGUACUGAAGGCACAGGAUGUGGGUCCUGGCUGUGGACCCUUAAUAUAUUAUGUUGCUCCUAACUAGUCACUUAUUGUUUUGAAAGCUAUAAACAUUUUUGAGACAGCUGCUACAGAGGCAUGUUUAGGAAGCAAAGUCCUGAUGGGCUUAUGCCUUGUUAAGGCACAUUCUUUGGCCUGAUGGUGAUACAGUGGUACCUCGGGUUAAGAACUUAAUUUGUUCUGGAGGUCUGUUCUUAACCUGAAACUGUUCUUAACCUGAAGCACCACUUUAGCUAAUGGGGCCUCCUGCUGCCACUGUGCCCCACUGCUGCACAAUUUCUGUUCUCAUCCUGAAGCAAAGUUCUUAACCCAAGGUACUAUUUUUGGGUUAGCGGAGUCUGUAACCUGAAGCAUCUGUAACCUGAAGCUUCUGUAACCCGAGGUACCACUGUACUUGCAAUUUUCCAAGCUUAUAGACUACAGACCCCAAGGAGAGUUUUCAAGCGGCUUCUGUAUGAAACAAAAAGCAGGAUAAAGUUACUGAGUGGAUGCGUUUAGGGAAGCAGAUGAUUGAAGCUGAACUGUAAAUACUGCAGUUCAGAGAUGAUUAUCAGAAGAUUAGGAACAGAGAUGCCUAAAAUGAGUUACAGUAAAAUCGAGCAAUGGAUAUGCGAGAAUGUUAAGGAAGUAGGAGAGGAUAUAUUGUUUUGAUAUUAUCCCUCCUUACUAAUACUCACGCCAGUGAGUAAACAGCAGAGCACAUUCCCUUUGCAACUUAUUGGAAGCAAGCUGAUGAUUCAUUAGAAUCCUUUAAUUAAGCAAUCCAGCCUGGCUUGUCCCUGGUAAGUUUCCCCUUUAUUUCCCUCUUAACAUAAUAAUAACACAACACAGUCUUCUUUAAAAGUAAGAACAAAGUUUUACUCACACUCAGCUUACAGCAGUAAUCUGAAAGCAGGCUUUAUCUUGUGGUUUCAGUGAAAAGAAGUCUGAGCUACAUCUCAGACUUUUUGCUUGUGGGUUCCAUCGCAUGUGAAGGUUGAGCCAUGCGCUGGCUAAGAGCCAGGAGAGCAAGAGUCCAAGAGUAAGGGGGAGAUGGUUGCGUGGCCAGCCCUUUCAUCUGGUCAGCUAGGGUCAUGCCCAUCUCCCUGAUCACACACAGGACAUCCUCCCUGUCUCCCUUGUCUGGAGCCACAUUCCUCUAUGGGUCCAUUUUAGGUAACAGGAAAAUGACUGCUCUAGUAAUAAUAACAUUCCACAGGAUAUGGAGUGGUGUGGAUGUGAAUUGAAGAUGUUUGUGCAGGGUCCUUUAACUACAGUUGCAAGAGCAAUGUCGAUUUAAGACUUCUUUGACACAGCCAUCUCUCACUCUCAGCUCUCAGCUCUCCUCCUCAUGGACCCACUCUCUGCCCGCACAAACCCCCACUCAGGUUCUCACUCUCCUCCUCCCACCAGACCCACCCUCUGCCUGCAUAGUUUGGGGAAGGAGGAAGAAGAGACUGAAUACAUGAAAAAGGCGUCAAAACAGGAUAGGUGACACUUUUCUCAAACAAAUGACCACGUUUUUCUAGGGACGGGUGGCAACCCUGGUUACACAUGACAAUACCACCCAGUGUUCUUAACUUCUGUGCAUAAAUACCCAACUAAGCAUCAAGGCCGUUGCUAACUGUUCUGGUACAUGUGUGAGCAUUUCCACUACUAAAGGUGUUUAUACCUCCGCCAAUGAGCAGCCCUGUAGGAUAUAAUGCCAUACAGUGUAUGGCACGUGUGACAAUUUUGCACAUUCUUUGUGUGUGCUGCAUUGCAUUGCAUUCUGUUGUGUCCUGUGUGGUGCUUGUGUUGUGGAGAAUACAUUAUCUAAUGUUUGCUUGUGUUCUGUCCUAUUAUAUUUUGUUCUGUUUGGCAUAUGUAUUGUCUUGUGUGUUAUUGAAGAAUAGCUCAGCUGGUAGAGCACGAGACUCUUAAUCUCAGGGUUGUGGGUUUGAGCCCUACAUUGGGGAAAAGAUUCCUUCAUUGCUGGGGGUUGGACUAGAUGACCCUCAUGGCCCUUUUCAACUCUACAAUUCUAUCUCUUAUACCUGCUUAAUUCUCACAUUGGAGUAAACAGGAUUUAGACUAUGCACGUUUAGUUGGGAGAAAGCCAUGGGCAUAGCCAUGGGGGUGGCAGGGAGGCAUCUGCCCACUCAGUCAAGUAAAUAAAUAAAAAUACGUACCUAACUAACUGACCAACUGCAUUGCAAAUAACUUGGUUCUGCCCCCCUCUAAAACAAAUCCUUGCUACGCCCAUGGAGAAAGCCCAAUCAAAUUAAAUGGGAGCUACUUCUGAAUAGAUCUCCAUAGGAAUGUGCUGGUAAGGAGUUUACUUUCACUGGCUCAUGCCCUAAACUUGUAUAUCUCUUCUAUUUUUUUAGACUCAAAAUGUUUCUUUUUGUCAUGUGUCAUGCUGGAGCACACCUGCAAUUUGGCCUCACAAAAUCUGAAGACAUUUCAGAACUACAGAGGAGAGCCUCUUCCUCUAGCUUACUAGCAGUAAAAAGGUUCUGAAAUGGCACUGCAUGUACAACCUUUUGUUUAUUAUGGGAACACUUUAAUCGCAAAUGAAGUCAAUUAUCUAAGCAGCUGGAGUUGAAAAUGUGAACAAUGGAAUAGUGACAUUCCUGGAUUUGCAUGUAAAAUGCUUGACUGGUAAUGAAGAGAUCAACUACAGUCAGGGUCAAAGAAUAUUAUUCUAGGCAUUCUACAUUUAAUCCACUAAAAGCAAAGAAACCUGGAAUACUCAGAUCUCCAGGAGCAAUUCACACAUUGCUUACAUUUAAAGUGCUUAGGACCCCUUUCUGUUAAGAUUCACUUAUAUUAAAUGCAUUUAAUUAAAACUGUUUAGAAUCCAUCUUAUAUAAUUAUCCUUCAGAAUCUAUUGAGCUGCCUUGCUGAACCGUAUAAAAACAAAGCUAUUUCAAACAAAACGAAACAGCAGCAGUAAAAGAGCACAGCAUACCCAGAUAAGGAAUAAGGACGGCUAGUUGUAUUCUGAACCUAAGGCCCUCUGAAUUUGCAGAGCCUUAGCCUGUCAACCCAAGCAUGAGUCAGGUGAAUAUUUCCUGGAAAGGUGGAUUAGGUGCCACCACUGAAAAGACUCUGUUUCAUAUUGCCACACACGGCAUAUCAGCAUCACGCCUGAGACUCUUAUCUACUCAGUUGCUCUCUUUGCUUUGCCAGCACGAGUGCAAUGAAAGACAGAAAGAUAGACCUGGAGAGGGGAGAGAUUCAUUCUGUUAAAGCUUCAACAAUAUUUUCAGAAACCUAGCAAGGGAGCCAGAGGUUACAAACAGGGGUAGUCAAUGUUGUGAACUGCAACUCCCAUCAUCCCUGAUUAUUGGCCAUACUGGGUAAGGCUGAUGGGAGUUGCAGUUCAAUGAUAUCUGGAAUGUUGACUACGGUACAACCUCCCAAAAAUAUUCUUUAGACUCUCAUGCCUAGAGUGCUGGACGGUGUGUGUGUGUGUGGUGGGGUGCUAGCUUGCUGGGAAUGCCUAACUUUCUAAUGCCUGCAAGCCACAAAAAUGCUGAACUUCAACACUUGCACUGGCUGAAGCUCUGUAGGCUUAAAUAAUAAUAAUAACAUCCCCACAGACUUUCUCCUGCCAAGAGCAGGACUGCCAGGUUCUGCGUUUGGCCAUUAUUAUUGCUUUGUUCAUAUACAUAAAAGCCGAGACAUGGUCUGGGACACAGUGGUAAAAUGCUGGGAGCUGGUUCAUACUUGGGCGGGGGGGGGGGGGGAGAGUGAAAAACAGACUGUUAAUAUUAAUGUACACUGGCAAGAAAGUUCUACUAAUUUUUCCAUGCAGGUGCAGACAUGGCUGUUCUUGCACCCAGCUUUGAUUCCACGCCAAUACAAGCUGUUGUUUGCUGGAAAAAGACAGUUGCUAGAAGGUGAUACUUUUGAGUCCUGAGAUUUCAAUUUUUUUAAAAAAAGCAAAGCACAGACUCAAGAAUCCCCCCUCUGGUCAAGCAGGAACAUGGCCUGGUUUCUUUCUUUAAUUAGUUAAAAAAAUAGUCAAUACUGUAUCUGCAAUUGCGGUUGCAGAUAACAACACUAAUUAGCAUCACCUUUCAACAACAAUAUCUAAUAAGUUAGCUUCAUUUAUUUAAGACAAGUCAAUGAUGAGAAAAAAUGUUUGAGUUCUGGCUUUAAUGGUCUGUUGGUGCAUCUAUUGCAGAGCAAGUCACAAUUAGGUGUUCUUGUCUCUGAAAAGCUUCGAGAAUACUACUAAUGACUGGUUGGACCUGGACUGCAUGGUCUCCUUGCAAUGGCAUAUGGAAGCAGUAUUUUACAUCAGUAGGCAAAGCUUGUUUUCUAAGCAUUUCACCACAACCAUGAGAACUAGACCCUUUAUUCUAUUUUAAAAACAUUCCUGAACUUUUCAGUAUUUCAGAUUCUGCAACAGCUUCCAUGAUAAAGCCCAGGUGCUUUCAGAAUAACAGCCAUUAAAAUAUCAGGGUUUUAUGAUAGCUUCCUUCCUAUAUUUAUUCUGCAGUGUAUCACCAUUCAAAUUGAAAAAUCAACAAUAGGACAAUAUUUUUCUUAGGACCAGAGAAAGUAGUAAACAAAUUUUCUGAUACUUCAGAACUCUUUAAAGCUUUUCAAUUAUUUUGUAAGUUGAAUUUCUCUGAAGAGCCAACACAACUCCCUUUACUUUUUGUCAUCCAGAUUGCUUUUUUUUAAUUUUUUGUACACAGCUAAUGACUAUGCACAAGUGUCUUACUUCAUUUAUUUAUGGAUGUUGGUAUUGAUAAUUAGAAGGCAUGAGGAGUGAUCUCUAUCCCUACAUAGUGACUGGUAAUUCAACAUAUAGAAGUCUGGAACAAGUUGUUUCAGGAGCAAUGCAUUAUGUGACCACAGCUGAUUUAGUUUGCUUUACCACACCACUCCAGAAUAAGUGAUUUAGGACUUUUAACAAACCUGUUCCUCUCUAUAAAGCACUUGACAUUUUCCAUUAAAAGGAUAAUUAACUUGAAAUUGGUGACAAGUGCAACAAUUGAAUGCACAUUAGAGUUAGUAUAUCUAUCAUCACUACUGGUUAUUCAGGAGGUGUAAGACAGAAGUUAGUAAGCAAGAUGAAUGAAAAAGGGAUUAGUAAUUUUGAAAGAUUUGUUAAAAUUUGUUUUUGGCUGGCUAUCUUCUUUUAUUGGGUAAGUUACUUUUAGUGGUAUAUUUAGGUUUUGUGUUGAAAUGCAGUGAUUUGAAUAGAAGCUGUAUAAUCUAUUACAUAACUUUUUUGUUGUUGAGUGAAACAUUCUUUGUGCUUACAAAUUGAAUUGUGUUUGUGUGCAAUCAGCUUCUGGUUUUGUUUUAGUUGUUCUACUGCUGUGCUUGCCAAUAAUUGUAUAGAUUUGUAACUGCUAUAGGUUAGAAGUCUUAAGAUGUCACUGUAAGGUUUCUGUGUAAAAAGUACUCUAGAUAAUUCUCUAGCAACCUUUCAAGUUGUACAGUGUUAAUGAACAUAGCCUCUUUUAACAAGUUAAAAUAGUUCUAUUAAAAUCUGCUUGGUCAUCCAGUGUUGUUUAACAAAAAUUAUACACUCCCAGUUUUUGAGAAAAUAAGGCUGUAAUCCUAACCCCAAUGAGUAAAACCCAUUGUGUUCAAUAGGACUGGGUUCUUAGUAGGCAUCAUUCUUCUUCUUUUUAUUUUUAUUAUAUUUAUUGCAUUUAUAUCUCACCAUUUUUCAAGGAGUUCAAAGUAGCAUACGUGGCUCUUCCCCAACUCAUUUAAUCCUCGUAACAACCCUGUGAGGUAGCUUAGUCUGAGAGGCGGUGACUAGACUAAGAUCACCCAGCGAGCUUCAUGGCAAACUGGAGAUUUGAACCCUGGUCUCCAAGGUCCUAGUCCAACAUUUUAACCACACUGGCUCCCCUUGUAUUGAGACAUAAUGAGAAAGUCAGACUUUCCUAUUGGCCUCCUUCCUAAAAAGAAGUGCUUAUGCAACACAAAACUUAAGAAAAAGGAUGAAUACAAAACUUACUGUAUUUCUAUUGAGAUAAAGAGGUGGUAUGGGUGAAAUGGAAAGGCAGUGCAAGUCCAGGCCCUCCAUGAUGCAACUUAGAACUGGUAAAAAAGCAAAGCCUGAGAGAGUACUGUACUGAUAUAAAUUAGCUUUUAUAUUCUACAUAGGAACAGCCAGCCCAUGCAGGAUGAUACACCAAGGCUUGAUCAUUUGCAAUCAGAUUUACAAUGGGGAAAUUAAAGCAGUCCUUAAUGCAGAGACUAGGGGGCAAUUUAACAAGUUACACAAUGCUUGUUUGUCAUUUUUUAAAUUAUUACUAUAAACUGUGUGACUAAUAUGCAUGUUUCCUCAAGAGUAAGCUUUCACAGCUUCUUUUAUUGACUCUUAACAUUCUAGGUCUCUGGAGUUGUGUUAAUGUGCAUUGGAGUAUCUGUUCAGGUGAAGCUCCGUGAUAUCUAUGUAGUGAUAAAUGAUGCUGCUUCAGAAGUCCCUGUGAUCAUAACAGUUAUUGGCACACUUGUCGUCCUUUCGUCAGCCUUUGGGAAAGUUGCUCUACUAAAACACAGUCCUAACUUGAUCAAAUUGGUAAGUAAUGAUACCCAGAUUUCUAAGUCAGAUCCAAAGCAUGAGUAGGCCUUUAAAUUUAGCUGAAUCUUAACCUCUACCCUUCUGAAGGCACAGAGGAGGGCUGGGUCAAGAGAUGCCAUAGUGUAAUUGAUUUUCUUUUUUUAAGUUGCAGUGCUUUCUUAUCUGGGUUGUGUAAUUCAAUGGGGAGGUGCGCUUAGGUCUCUCACCCAUUCUUUUAAUUCCUUGUAAUACCCACAGGAAGAACUAUGCUAGGCAACCGUCCUGACAACCACAAAUAAUAAAUGUAUUGUUGCCUAAGCAUAAGAAAUAGGCAAGAAAUAAACUAGUAAUCUUGCACAAUUGAUUUCCCCACCCUCACUCAAAACAGAUUAGGUUCAGAGCAAACGGUAUAAUGACCCGUCUUUAGAGCAAGUAAAAACCUUCUGAAGACCAUAGGCCAUGUACAGUGGUACCUCGGGUUAAGUACUUAAUUCGUUCCGGAGGUCCGUUCUUAACCUGAAACUGUUCUUAACCUGAAGCACCACUUUAGCUAAUGGGCCUCCUGCUGUUGCUGCGCUGCCGGAGCACGAUUUCUGUUCUCAUCCUGAAACAAAGUUCUUAACCUGAAGCACUAUUUCUGGGUUAGCGGAGUCUGUAACCUGAAGCAUAUGUAACCUGAAGCAUAUGUAACCCGAUGUACCAUUGUACACAUUAGCCACUAUUCUGCCUCUAUUGUAUUCCCAUUCCUGGCUUGCGUGUACACACCACAUUACCCACAAUGCAGAGCUAUCCUAUGGUUUAUUGAGGAAAAACUGCUGUUUGAUGUGAUUUCCCUCAAACCAGCUUCAAUCCAAAAGGCAAUUAAACCACAUUCCAUUCGCAGACAAGCUGAGGUGUGUAACUUUGAGACAUCCAUUGCAAAUUCACAGAUGGCAGCGUGUGUGCGGAUGACAACUUCAUGAAUGGGAAUUGGAGGGGGUACCAAACAGGUAUCCCUGCCACCUCUCUGGUGUACUUAGCAAUGUGCAAAUGCAUUGUGUUUUAAGCCGCUCAUGUGUACAUAUCUUAUAUGAAGGAGUUUUUGAGUAUACUUCGUGAUAAGUAAAAAAAUCCUCCCUAUGUAGGUAACUGUUCUUCAUCUCAAACCCUGUUCUCUUGUUCAGCUGGGAAAACUACUCCAUCCGAGUGUGUGCCUGUUGGCUUUUAAUACUGAACACAUGCCCCAAAAUAUGUUGUUUUAGAAGUGAACAUAUAAACAGUGGUAUACACUUUAACCACAGCAGGUUAAUUUACCAUGUAUGGACCUGAAGACUGAACUUGGAUAUGAUCAGCCAUUUGAUUUUGACUAUUCCUAAGUGUGACUUCAUCUCUUAAUCUAUAUUGGUGCCAGUGAUAAUGGACAAAAUGUUGAAUUUGGCUCUGUAGGCAUCAUACAAUCAACUUGGCAUCUCAGAUAAAUUAAAAUUAGACUAGGGGAUGUGGGAGACCUGGGUAGGUAAAUAAGAAAAAAAUGAGGGCACCAAUGCAAUUUUCUGCAAGUAUUUUUUUUAAAAAACCACUUAGCACAAUCCUGAUGUUUGUUGUUGUUGUUAAGAAAAUGACCUUUAAGCUGAAAGCAACUCUUUGUUUCUAGUUCAUAGGCAUUUUGUUGGCACUGUUGGUACUUGAAAUCACAGCUGGUGCUGCCGCCUACACUUACAGACAUAAGGUAAGUUUUGUGCUAAAACAAGGCACCACCUUAAAUAGCUUUUGGGUGAUGUUGGAAAGAUGUAGAACUAGAGUCUUACCUAAAGUCAAUAUUCUCAAAGAGAAGUGGGCAAUUGCAGUAAGUGGGAUGGGCACAUACUUUAUUAUUUCAAACCGAUGCAUUACACUCCUGUGCUUAUCACCUUCCACAGCAAGGAGGUAUUUCUUUCCUUCUCUGUCCCCCUCCAAUAAAACAAAAACCUUUUAAAAUAAAUGUUCCCAAUCCAAAGCUUGUGCUUGCAGCCUCGGCUCUGUAUACCUGAAGGAGCGUCUCCACCCCCAGCUUUCAACCCGGACACUGAGGUCCACCUCCAAGGGCCUCCUGGCAGUUCCCUCACUGUGAGAAGUGAGGUUACAGGGAACCAGGCAGAGGGCCUUCUCAGUAGUGGUGCCCUCCCUGUGGAAUGCCCUCCCAUCAGAUGUCAACUAUACAACCUUUAGAAGACAUCUGGAGGCAGCCCUGUAUAGGGAAGUUUUUGAUGUUUAAUGUUUUAUUAAGUUUUUGUAUUUGCUGGAAGCUGCCCAAAGGAGCAACCCAGUCAGAUGGGUGAGGUACAAAUAAUAAAAUUAUUAUUAUUAUUAUUAUUAUUAUUAUUACUGCUGAAUUGUCCCCUCAGUCACAUAGCCUACCUGCCCAUGUGUCUUACUUUUGGGCAGCAGGUUUAGAAGACUACUCCAACCUGAAUUUGCCAAUAUGUGAUUGAAUCCCACCUGCAAAAUAGCCUGAAAACCAGCUGUGGUCUACUAAUUCAUGUAACUGGAACAGGCCUGUUGUUCAAAACUGGUGUGGAAUGAAGAGAUCUUUCCAGUCCUGAAGCCCAUGUUCUCAGUCUGAAGCACAUACUAUUUGCCUCAGUUGAUAGAAGUAGAAUUGAAUCUGGUGGGGCAAGUCUUCCCUGGUUAUCCUCUAUACUAGUUGGUCUCUACCUACAGGAGGCCUUCCAGUUAUUCCUCUAAUUUAAGAGGGUAGUCCUGAUGUGGUUCUUUUAUAUUUGCUUUAUAAAUGCUUCAUAACAUAUCAUUCCAUUUUUAAUUAAAUCUUCAGCACUGAAUUGAGUUUUUCUUGGGAUAUUUAACUGUGUGUAAGCUUUUAACUGCCUACCAUGUGCUCAAUAAAUAUAGAAUAGAAAGGCUGAGGGAGAAAGUAUGAAAAUAAUUUGUCUUGGCUACAUUUCCCAAUUGGUAAGGUGGACAGACCUCAGAAAGCAAAUGAGUUAAACCAGAAGCCUUGCAAGAAACAUUAGUGCCAGUCAUGUCUUCAUAGGGUUUGCCGCUAAACUGAAACACCAGAGAGAAAAUAGGGAAACACUUCGGCACAAUGUUAGACUAUACCACAGAUGGUCCCCAUUUUUUCUCCAGAGCUAGUGUAAGAAGUGCUUCCUUAACCAAAAUAUGUAAAUGGAUUUCCAUUCCUGCUUCUGCCUUGAGUGAGACCCUAUGUGUUGCAAGUAGAUGUACAAAAGGGGUGUUAGCUUGGAAGCAGUAAAGUAGUAUGCAGUCUAGGAAUUAUGCUUGGAACUUUGUAACUUGUUAAUGAUCCACCUGUUGAAUGUGCCAGUGUCUCUCAGAUGUUUGAAUUCCCCUUUCUCUUCCUUACCUGCUACACAGAAAAGAUAAUAUUGUGUAGUCCUAAUUUAAGUGAUUAUUUUAGAUGGAUCCUUCUAGCGUACAAAAUGCUGUUCUUGCCUAAACUUUCACGGGCAGAAUUGUGGGAGCCAAGCUAAGUGGAGGGAAAGGGCCCACUCAGUAAGAGUCCAAUUGAUUGAUUAAGACACAACUUCCAUUUGUGUGCUUGAAGUCCUUUCCUUUCAUAAAAAGAAAUGGUUCUCCUUAGCUCUACCCCCCCUCCAUGCAAAUUAUUUUCUCCUGCCUUUGGAAAACCCUGUGUGUGUUAAUGCAGUUGCAUCAGACUUUGUUGAGCGAUACCUUGAAGACAUUGGACAAAUAUAAUGAAGAAGUGCAGAUCACCAAAGGUGUGGACUCUUUACAGACAGAGGUAAGCAAACUUUCUUUUCAAUUAUAAAGAGCAGAGAACUAAUGGUGAAGCCCAGUAUUCUGGUAACAUUUAAGAAGCUCAAGCGUGAAUAACAAUAUAUUUUUUCAGUCUUUCUAUGCUGCCAUCUAAAGGCUAUUGGAUUAGACCAGAAAACCCACUGGUUCUGGAAAGAAAAAGGAAGAAUCCCUCUAAGUCAAGGAGGCGCAACUUUGAAGAUGGCAUGAUAAAAUGAUUGCUUUUUGAGAUUUUCUGUCCCACCAUUUUCUUUGGUUGAAAAAGACUUUGUAGGGCUUAAAAUAAAACCCUUGCAAAACCUGUCUGACAAUGGGAAUAAAAUAAUUUAGUGUUCACCCUAUGGCUGUGACAAAUUGUCAUAGCGCCUUCAGAUUACCUGUUUAGCAGAAUAGCAUAUUAGUAUAAGUAGAAUCUUUUUUCAUACUUUUUGUUGUUGUCAAGAAGAGUUGUUAGGCUUUCAUCAACAACCACACUAUCUGUUCCACUGCUUACCAACCUAAAUUCCUUUCCCUUCCACUCUAGUUCCAAUGCUGUGGUGCAGAGAACUAUACCGAUUGGCUGAACACAACAUUUGGAUCUCUCUCUUCAUCUGUCCCAAUAAGCUGUUGCAGAGUACCUGUGGAAAACUGCAUCACAGAUCUAAGCAAAAACACAGCAGGCAUUAACCAGCAGGUAAACGUCAUAGUGUCAUGUCGGGGAACCAGCCCACCAGGUGCGGAGGAAAAUAACGAAGAGUCAUGGGUGAAGGUUUAAGCAAGGAGUGAGCUCUGUCCCCCAGCAGCCUUGCAUGUUUAUUAGCCUUGCGCACAUUACAUCAUGUUGCAUAUACACGUGUAGCACUCGGGUGGAAAACAGCUAGGGUUUGCAUUUCUCAGAAUAACUAUUCUCUACCAGGACAUAACUCCAGACAGCAUGACAGCCGCAUAAGCUUUGCGGUUAGGCAGCUUGUCAGUGACCUCGGCGGUGGGGGAACAAGUCAGCAGAUGCUUCCUCUUGCACAAUCUUGCACAAGGGUGCUGUUUUUCUAUUGCACCCCCACAGUGUCAAAAACCACAUCUUGCAUGUCUUGUCUCUUAAGGGAAAUGUGUGUUUGAAACUAAUAUCCUUCAAAGUGGGCAACCAGUUAGGGAUGUGCUAGCAAAUAAAUGGGCUAGAGCCAGGCGAAAACCAGAGUGCAAGUCUCCCUCUAAAGUCAACCAAACACAGAUUAGUGCACAUAAUCAUGUCUACCAAGUGGCAGUGUGGUCCGUGAUAUGGGCACAUUUUGCAGCCAGCAUUGCAGCCUCCAGUAGCCAACCAGCAGAGUUAUUUAAGGUGGUCCAGAGAUUGCUGAUUCCCAUUGUGGAGGAAGGACCCGCUGGAGCCUUUGAGGGCCUGCUGUGAACAACUGGCUGUACAUUGUGAGGAUAAAGUCACCCUACUUCUGAAUUAACUUGACUCUGCAGCUUCAGUGGAAGCAUCCAAUUCUAUAGUCUGUGACAUGUUGUGGAACUGAUUUCAGAUUAUGUGACCUGAUGAUGUGGACAUCUGUAUAGGGAGGUUUUUUAAGGUUUAAUGUUUUAGUAAGGUAUUUAUAUAAGCUCAAAGCAACCCAGAGUGGCUGGAGCAACCCAAACAGAUGAGCAGGGUACAAAUAAUAAAUUGUUAUUAUUUGCUUGUGGCUAUAUGCCCAACCAUGUGUCCUCUUGACCCCCCCCCCCCGACUAAGGCAUAGUCGAGUGUAACAUUGGGAGUGUGUUUUUUGUCUCCCUUGGAGUUCUGCUACAGAGGACUACAGGGCGCUAUUUUAUUCCCAGUGCUAUAACAAUCUAUAUGGAGCUGUUGAGAGUGAAAUUAGGAGAUUUGGGGCAAGAUGCCAUCAGUAUGCUGAUGUCAUUCAUCUAUGUCUCCAUAAAAUCUGAACUGGGAGAGGCCUUGUGAGCCCCAGACUGGUGCCUAGAUGUAGUGGUGGACCAGAUAAGGGAAAAUAAACUCUGUCUUAGCAAGAUAGAGGUGCUCUGAGUGAGUGGUUCCCGCCUCUGAGAAAUUGGCCAAUUCCCAUCUCUAGGUACUCCCUCUGAAGGAGCAGACUUGCAUUCUGGGGGUGAUUUUGGAGUCAGCUGUGUGUCUGGAGGCCUAGGUAGGAGCACAUUUUUUCAACUCUGUGUGGCAGCUGCAGCUGCUCCUGGACUGGUAUAGCUUAACCAGAAGUAGUCCAAGCACAUGUAAAUACUGAAUUACUGCAAUGAACUUGAUGUGUUGUUCCUGUUGUGCUUGGUCUAGAAACUAGAAUGAUGAAGCACAAUUGCUGACAGGAGGGAGACCUUAUCAGCAUAUAACACCUGCACUGAGAUCUGCACUGGCUGCCAGUUUACCAGGCCAAAUUUAAGGUGUCACUAUUACUAUAUAAAACCCUUAACAGCUUGGGACCAGUUUACUUAAAGGAUCGCAAUAUAUACCCACUCUACCAUUUCAGCCUACGGAACUUGCAUUUUUACAGGUGCAACAUAAUUUCCAUUCAGCACUUGCAAGCAAAUGAUCCUUCAAUGCGGCAGUAUGUGUUUUAAAAUAGCCGAUUUUAUAUUUUGACAAUUUAUUUCUAAGGUUUGCUUUCACUGGUAUUUUAAAAUGAGUGUUUUAGAUUGCUGUUUGUAAAUCACAAGCAGUGUGUACAUUUUGUUAAAUGAAAUGAGUAAAUAGAGUGCACAUUUUACAUUGGUGCAUCUGAACAGGAAGAGCUGUUGCACGUACAGAGAACACAUUAAAUCGUCUGUCUCUUAAUGUAGCUGUCUAUAAGGUGUACACCCCACCACACACACCAGAGUGAGCCCAACCAAAUUUGGUGUGACAUCUUAUUUCUCAGUGUGACCAGCACAUCUUGGAAUACUUAAUAUGCAGGAAAAACAUCAGGCUACCACCCUCAUCCUUUAGAUCUGUCCUGAGUUCUAAGUUGAUGGGGAACGUUUGGAAUUCCAACACUUUGGUUUGGUGUUCAGAUACGACGAAGCAAAACUCCAUGUACUGUUAUGAAUGGGAAAAGAAACCAAUCCUAUUUACCUAAAUAGCAGGAUGUUCAGUGGUGUACCCCUGCACAAGGUUUGUCUCCUUGUGAUGAGAGAGUACGCACUAGGGACUUCCAUUGUAUUCCUGUAACAUUAAUGCAAGCAUAGUGCACUGAAGCUAGCAGUACAAUCACUAAUCAUGUAGGAGUUUCCUGAAACUCCCACUGAACUCCCAGUGAUCUUACUCUGCCCAGAUUCUAAAUGCUGAUGCUGAAGAACUUAUACUCCCAUCUUCCAGACAGGAAGGAGGUUGCCCAUUCAGGGAAGCAUGGCUCACGUAAAGGAAAUAUCUGCUGAUAAUCUCUCACCAUUAGCCAUUUCUGGGCUGGUUCAUUUUAAAGUGACUUCUUUGCUAAGGCUUUCUUCGCAUGCCAGGUUUAAGUUUCUGUUGCAGUAACUUUUGGAUUUCACCGAGUGUUUGAAAAUCACAAACUGAUUUGGGACUUUGGUCCCAGCACUCUUGGUAGCAGCCUCCAGAAGUGCUCUUAAAUGAAGGACCAGGUUAGGAAUGUGGCAUGGUUGGGCUCUCCAGAUAAAAACUUCUAAAAGACAAUGAUCUACAUUGUUUUAGACUGCAUAUAUAGUUGUGUCUAAGCCCUGAUCUGGUGCUUGAUAAAUGAGUCUUAAUGUUGCAAAACCUCCAGACCUUCCAAGCUGGCUUGGACAUUGCAUUCCACCUUGAUUCUUUUUCGUGAAGAGGGGGAGGCAUUAAUUCAUUUGUAGCUAGAGGUUCUCGUUCUUGUUGUUUAACCCUUGGAGGCUUCCCCAUCUGUUUCCCAUGCAACGAAAAGCAAUGACUGCUGACUUUCCCAUCUAUCAACCAUUUUGGGGAGGAGGGUAGAGGAGAUCAGCUUUUUUGCCUCUUGUGAUGGUCCCCUUACCUACUGCCUUUAGGAAGAUAUGGGGAUAUGAUUUAGCUAACACUGGCGGGAGUUGGGAGUCGAGGAAUGGUGCCUUUGGAUUUAAUGGGCGUCACUACUUUCUCUCAUAAUUUGACAGCAGGAAUAAAAAGAACUGGAGCCUCUGAAGACUCUCUCUCUCCCUCUCUCCGUGUGUGUGUGUGUGUGUGUGUGUGUGUGUGUGUGUGAAUCUUAAUCACAAUGUGAAACUUAGAUUUUCAUUUAUUUAAAAAGCUCUGCCUUUGAUUUUGAAGGUGCCCCUUGCAGCAAUUAAAAUAUCAGGUUUUUCUCUUUCUUUCUCCAGGGGUGUGUUCUAAAACUGAAUAAUUGGGUUGAAGAGCACAUUGCUAUGCUUGGAGGGGUUGGGAUUUUUGCUGGAGUUGCACAGGUAAGCAUGAAGUGUUAAACUGAAGUGUUAGACUGGUCUAUCAAGUAGAUCUAGAUUUAAAUACUAUAGAUGGGUGCUAUUUGAUGUUGAUGUUGACAAAUGUGAGAGCCAGGCUUUUGAAAUUUAGAAAUAAGGACCAGCCAGAUGCAUUUGGGUUUUCUAAAAAUGUUUUUUUCUAAUGUAAGGUGACAAUCCUUAUAAUUCACAUUGGAAGCAGUGAGCCAAGUGGUUGCCCCAGUGUAUAUAUAAAAAUAUAUCUAGAGCAAAAUAGUUCUGAUUACUGUCUAGCUAUUGUGUCUUCCUUCUUUGUGUUUUAAGUACCCAAAUACCCAAUCCUAAAAUUUCUGUAUGUUCUGUGCUUUCUUUCUAGCUAUUUGGGAUUCCAUUUUGCUAUCUGCUGCUGAGAACGCUAAGAGAAAAUUAUGAACAUAUUGAAUAAGUUUCAAGAAGCUGAUGUGAAUUCUGCAGUUGGGAUUGGAAGAAAACAUUUAACAGUGCUGCACUUUUGGGGGUCCUGCUUGUUGUGUAGUGCAUAAAUAAAAUACUUGCAUCACUCCA